UCCCUGCUUUCCCAGGCAUUCCAUUGAGCUGUGAGAGCAGAAUGCGUUCAAACCCCGGAGAGGGAAGGGAGCGGGUCUGUGCUUUCCACCGGCAGCAGGAACACAAGGAGAGGGCACACCGCGAAUUCUAAAUAUGACUCGCCAAGGCACCUGUUAAUUCUUCAUGGCAGCUGCACAGGCAGUCAGUCUCACCUGUAACACUGGGAACCACCCCAGCUUCCAGUCUUUCACCCCUGACGCUGUCUCCUACAAGCGCGACAUGGGUAGCGUGGGUAGUUUGAUUGAGAAGCACGACCUCUCACCUGAAGAUUUUAAAUUGGAUUUCCGGCCCCUUCAAGAUUCCCACAGUCCAGGAAACUUCUUGAAGAGGGGGCUGCAACAGAGAGAGCUACUGAGUUAUCUGAACAUGGCAAAGAAAGACAGCAGAAACGCAAAGAAAUUCCCAUCGGGGGUGGGAUUCAGGAGGGAGCACAGUGUGGAUGGCGGGGAGAAUGAGUACCCUGUCUCAUACCAUAAAGAUCGACGGGGCACGGAUUUUAGCAAGACAUCCCUCCCUGAGAGAGGACGCUAUGAAAAGUCUCGCUUUGGACCUUCUGCUUUGAAGCCAUCAAAUGUGAAGAACUUCAUGUCCAUGCAGAGUUUGUGCUCAUCUGGUGGCCAUAAACUGUCUAAAAGUAACGGCAGCCUGAACACUCUGGGCAGUAUGAGUACCCAACCCCAUCAUGGACCACUCAAGUCAAAUAACCACUAUAUUAAUCACCAGGAAAAAGAACGUGAUGACGAAGAGGUGGAGAGCCUUUCUGACUCCAGGCAAAACUCAAUAAACAGUUAUAACACUUACAGUCCAGGAUUUAGCGUAGCAAGGGGUCAGAUAAGUGCUUCUAUGGGACACAUCAACCAUAUAGGAGGAUCUUUGGAUCGAGCUUCCCGGGUAAUGCGAGACAUGACAUCCGGUGACAAAGCCUCACUCUCCUGCAAAAGCAUGGCCACAUUGAGCCGUCUACAGUGCUCAGGGGAGCCUCCACCGCCAUAUGAGUACUCUCAGUCCGUUGAGGAUGUGGCUCGGCAACUGGAGGAGAAACUCAAUGAGAAAGGAGGGGAAUUGAGGCAAAUGAGAAGGAACCCAAAUGACAACGAGGAUCCUUUUACUCAGGUGUUUGAGGACAAGCGUCGGCUGUGGAUGGAAGAACUAGAUGAACUAAAGCAGAUGUACAUGUCAAAGCUCCAGCAGAUCUCCCAGCAGGCCCUGCGCAGCCAACGAGCACUGCAGUUGCAGCUGUAUAAGGUGCAGCAGGAGAAGAAGCGUCUGCAGGAGGAGCUCAGCUCCUUGAGAGGGGAAUAUGAGGGACUGAGACAAAAACAGUCCCAGACCGAUAAUUUGAACCCCAAACUAGAAGAGUCCAAGUGGGAGAUCUCUCAGAAGGCGGGUGAGAUUUCACUUCUCAAGCAACAGCUACGGGACUCUCAAGCAGAGAUUUCACAGAAAUUAGGGGAAGUCCUCACCCUGAAGACCCAACUACGAGAGUCAAAGGCUGUGGCGAAGGAGAAAGAAAAAGAGAAUGCAGAGCUCACUAUGCGGCUCAGGGCUUUGGAGACACAAGAAGAGUCGUCAAAGGUGACGGGUAGCAGUCUGUGCUCUGAAAAUGAGGACUCAAAGUCUCGGAAUCCAAAGGAAACCUCGGAGGCCAUAGAUAUAGAGAGGCUGAGGGCUGAAUUGAUGUUGGAGAGGCGCCAGAAUGAGGCACAGAUCCUGGAUUUUGAGACUGAGAGGCAAGUUUGGAAGGAGGAAAAGAACAAAGUACUGAGGUACCAAAAGGAGAUACAGGCUAGUUAUCUGGAAAUGUAUCACCGCAACCAGACUCUAGAAAGAGAGAUUCAAGAGCUGAAGCACGCUUCUGGAUAUUCACCAAGCACACAGCCAGUCUGGGUGGAUGCUGUCGAAUCUUGUGAGACUUGAAGCCGAUUGUUCAUGGUUUUCACAUGCUGCUUUGAGAACUGAGCAAAGAUCCCGUUGGUUUGGGCUUUUAUUUAUGUGAUGAGACAAAGUGAGGAGUUUUUAUUCUCAUCUUAAAAGAAACCACUGGGUUCAAGUGACAAGGUCUUUAGUGAUGAAGAAUGGGGACUCAUGCCAACCUAGAUCACUUUGACCAUUUGAGUUAUUUGAAAAAAGUCUUUAUUAUUAUAUUUGUCGUUUGUAAUGAAGUAGAAAGUCAUGGGUGAUAGUACUCAGCAAAUAUAAGAGAUGAAUCUGCUCUUUAUUCAGUUCACUUGCUAUGAAGUGGAGUUUUCUCCAUCAUUAAAAUAUAUGCACAAAAAUGAACUCAUGAUUUAAUGUAUAGAAACUUACAGACUACACCCCAGCAUUUACCAAUUUGAUUGAAAAGAGGGUUUUUUAAACUGCUGCAGCCCAAUGGUGUUUGGAUUUUAUUUUAGUGACAAAGGGAUGAAACACAAAAAUGUAUUGCUUUUUGCAUCACUUUAUCUUUGGUUGCUAAUUUGCUGUUUUCUACCUGGCUGUAAAUAUAAUUAUUUGAUUUUGCACCAAAGCUGUUAGUGAGCUGUAAACAAGCAUAUUCUUAUAGGGGCUUUUAGAUAUCAUCAUACAUGUGUUUCAUCCUGUACAUGUUAGGUAAUCAAUACAUUACGACCAAAGAAAGCCGGUGCGCAGUGUGCUCAAAGUUGCAUAUCAUGUGAUUUGGCCGGUCGGGUGACAAAUUACCGGUACAUUAAGAUGAGCGCACUGCAUUAUUGUAUCCAUGAAUCCUGGUUGUGGUUUAUAGGAUUUAAUCUCAGGGGUGACCGGGUUAAGCCCAUAUAUGUGACAAUGUUGGUUCCACCAGCCAUGCCAAAUGCUUAUAGUAUUUAUUGUCUCACCUAUAAAGGUGGCUGGACUAGC